AUGUUUGGAGGACAACAACAGAAUCAAGCAUCUGCAUUUGGUGGAGCUAAUGCAAACUUCACAUUCGGUGGAGCUGCCAAACCUAUCGAUUCAACAGCAAAUACUGCCUUUGGAGCUGCCACUCAAGCAAAACCAGCUUCUCCAUUUGGACAACAACCACAACAACCACAACAAACACAAAGCAUGUUUGGAAAUGCCCUAGGUGCCGCCAAACCAGCAUCUCCUUUUGGACAAUCACAACAACAACAGCCAGCAACUAAUGCAUUUGGAGCUAAACCAUCUCCAUUUGGAGGUGCUCCUGCUGGGUCUUCCGCAUCUCCGGCAUUUGGAACCACAUCAACACAACCAAAUGCAUUUGGUGCACCUACAACAACAACAAAUCAAGCCAUGGGAGGAUUUGGUUCAAAUACAGCUACUAAAUCCCCAUCACCAUUCCCACAACCAGCGCAAGAUAAACCUGCUUUUGGAACUGCUUCAAAUACAGGAUCGGGAUUAUUUGGAAAUGUUGCUGCUCCGGCAGCUACUAGUAAACCUGCGUUUGGUGGUUUCGGAAGUGCUGCUGCGUCAGGAACUGCUACGCCUACGUUUGGAGAUAACAAACCAGUAGCUACCACUACCGGAUUUGGAACUAGUGCUCCUCAAGCUGCUAUUGGAUUUGGAACUAGUGCUCCGCCAGCUGCAACUGGGUCUGGAUUUAGUUUUGGCGCAAAGAAAGAUGACACCACCACUGCUAGUAGUAAUCCAUUAUUUGGAGCUGCUCCUACUGCAACCACAACUGAGAAUAAGGAUCAAUCUCCAGCUCCUGCUGCUGGUGGAUUAUUUGGAGCUGCUAAGCCUGCAACUACUGGUGCUGCUGCUGGUACAAAACCUGCCUUUGGCGGAUUUGGAAGCGGUGCUACUUCUGGAACAGCAACUCCAACUCUUUCAUUUGGUGCUAAGAAAGAUGAUGCUGCUGCACCAGCUGCUGCUCCUAGUGGUGGAUUAUUUGGUGCUGCUGCCAAACAAGCAAGUCCUGCUCCUAGUGGAGGAUUAUUCGGUGCAAAGAAAGACGAUUCUACUGCUGCGGCUGCUCCAACUGCUCCUACUGGUGGAUUAUUUGGAGGUGCUGCUAAACAAGCAAGUCCUGCUCCUUCAGGUGGGUUAUUCGGAGCUAAGAAAGAUGAUACUACCGCUGCGCCAGCUGCUCCAGCUGGUGGAUUAUUCGGUGCUGGUGCUGCUGCUAAGGCAGAUGCGACCAAGCCUGCGUUUAAUUUAGGUUCAGGAACUGCUACUCCUAGUCUUUCAUUUGGUGCUAAGAAAGAUGAUGAGAAAUCCGCAUCUUCAACUGAUUUAUUCGCUAGUAAGAAGGCUGCGGCUGAGAAAUCAUCUGGUGGGUUUUCAUUCGGCGCAAAGAAGGAUGAUGAUAAGUCGUCUCCUGCUCCUGCUGCUGGUGGAUUUACAUUUGGUGCUAAGAAAGAUGAAACGAAGGCUGAUGGUGCCAGUGCUCCUGCUGCGGGUGGAUUUACUUUUGGUGGUGCAAAGAAAGAUGAAGAAAAGAAGGAUGAAGGUAAGGCGGCUACAGCUCCACCAACUACUGCUGGAUCAUCAACUACCACCACAUCUUCAGUUCAACCUACUUUAAAACCAACUAAAAUUGAACCAAUUCCAGUAUCGAUUGAUAAUAAGACAUUAGAUGAUUUGAUCAUAAAAUGGUCAAAACAAUUAACAACAACCAGUAAGAUAUUUGAUUCAUAUACUGAAAAAGUAAAAGAAUGGGAUCAACAAUUAGUUGAAAGUGGAGAUGAAAUUUCAAAAUUAAAUCAAGAUUCUCUUGAAGCUGAAGCUGUUCAAUCUAAAAUUGAUCAGCAUUUAUUAUUUGUGGAAAGUCAACAAGAUGAAUUAGAAAAAUUGUUAGAUAAUUAUGAACAACAAGCUGAUAUUUUAUUGAAUAAUAUUGAAUUAAAUACAAGUUCUGCAAAUGCUACUGCAUUAACCGAUGGUUCUUCCACUGGUUCUGGUGUUGGUGGUGCUGGAGGAUCGACUGGAAAUGAUGGUGGUUCUGGUUCUAGUCCCGCUGUUGCUUCUUUGUCCAGUUCUUUGAGUGUGACUGAUAAAUUAAGAGAAAAAGCCUAUCAUAAUGCCGAAUUAUUAGAUGAAAGACUAGAUAAUUUGGGUGAGAAUUUGAAUACGUUAAUUAAUGAGAUUAAUUCCGUUAGUGAUGUAUUUAAUAAGAAUUUGAUAAAUGAUUUAGCUCAAGGACAAGCUGGUACGAUAACCACCACUGGUACUAGUGAAACUAAACAAGAUUCUAAAGUACUUGAAAAUCCAAUUGAAGAAAUUGUUAAAUUAUUGAAUUUACAUUUAGAAAAUUUGAAAUAUAUUGAAAAUUCUGAAACUGAAUUAAAGAAUAAAUUGGAAAAGAUUUCAAGAACUAAGAAAUCUCAAAAUUAG